AUGGACAACGGCACUGCUCCUGGUGAGCUCAGUCCCUGGCUGACAGGAAUAGACAUUGUUGAAAUUGUUUUCUAUAGCUGCAUCAUUUGCAUUGGGCUGCCUCUCAACUGCCUCGCUGUGAUCGGACUCUACAAGCUAAUCAAGACCAAUAAUGCCCUCCCCAUCUACGUCAUCAACCUCCUCAUCACUGACCUUCUCCAGCUUGUUGUGCUACCUCCAGUACAGUUUAGCUUUUACAUAGAUCGGUCACUUGCAACAGUUUAUGUAUUCAUUAGUUUUCUCAUGGUCUACGUUAUCUGUAUGUGUGUCAGCAUUGGCUUCUUUGUCUGCAUCUCCCUGGAGAGAUACGUGGCUGUCGUCCAUCCCCUGUGGCACCAGAGCCACCGCAGCCCCAGGUUCGCCAUCAAGGUGUCUGUGGGAGUCUGGCUGUUUCCUCUUCUCUUCUUCGCUGUGAUUCUCCUCCUGUUUCUCCUUGAUCUAAUGGAAAUUCCUUCAGUCAUUUGGAUUCCUCUGUUCUUUGUGUUCUUCUUCCUUGUUCCACUGAUCCUCCUUGUUUUCUUCUAUGUCCGCUCCAAAGCCGCCAUCACCUCCUCUAUCGGAGCUCCGGAUGUGAAGAAGAAAAGGGCCCUGCGUGUGCUGUCCGCUGUUCUCACCCUCUUCAUCCUUAUUUACGGACCUUUCUUCACUUUAUUUGUGAUCAGUUAUAUCCUGGAAUCUAUAAACAUAUCCACCACUCUGGGAAGCAAAGAGGUGACAAUGACUUCUUCUGUGAUCCGCAGUCUCAAUGUCAUCGUAGAUCCCAUCCUGUACGUCUUCCUCAGGAAUGAUGUCAGACAGAUGCUGGACGCCACCCCCUGCUGGCGCAUGUUGAUGUGGUCAGUGUGUUGGUGCUGCAGAGGCAGAGUUGAUCACAGGAACACAGAGAUUGCCCAGUCAGAGAGUACCGCUGUUUCCACAGUCUGAACCAGGCAGGACAUAUUUGUUAUGACACUCUAGUGUAAGACAGAGGUUCCCCAUUCUAAUCCUGGAGGUCCAGCAUGUCUACAGCAUGGUUCCCUAGUCCUGUUCCUACAGGUUUUCAGUCCAGCUUGGUUGUUGUCAUCUUCAAUCAGCCCCUUAUUGGUUUAUUUGGACCAGUUUAACAGCUUCUACCAGC